GAUGAUCACCCGGUGUGCCAAUAGAUUCCCAAAACAAUCCAUAGAGGAAACAGUGGGUACUUGAAAAAGAAGAAUAUUCCUCCAUCCAUUACGAUUUCUCAUUCUCAUUCCUCUGUUCCAAUUCCUAUUAUUCUGAUUCGUCUCCAAUCCAAUAUUCUGAAAAUCCACAGACAGAUAUGAUGAUCAUCAUCAUCUAUUUCCAACCCUUGAUGUCUGUGUAAAGAGAUGAAAUUCGGAAAAGAAUUGGGCAUUCAUCUGGAACAAACCCUACCUGAAUGGAGGGACAAAUACCUGUGUUACAAACUUCUCAAGAGCUUCCUUAAACACAUCCCUAAUCCCGCUGACGACGAUCACCCUCAUCUUCCGCCGCCGGCCGAUGCCGCCGUUGAUCGGAACUUUCCUCCCUUGCCGCCCCACUUGGCUGAACUCCAGGAGUGGUUUGUCAGGGUUUUAGAAGAAGAAAUUGACAAGUUUAAUGAUUUUUAUGUUGACAAGGAGGAAGAAUUCGUCAUCCGAUUUAAGGAGUUAAAGGAAAGAAUAGAGAGAGUGAAGGAGAAAAGCUGGAGAGAUGGAAACUUUUCAUCGGAAAGUGAAUACAGUGAUGAGAUGAUGGCGAUACGCAAAGACUUUGUCACUAUCCAUGGGGAGAUGGUGCUUCUCAAAAACUAUAGCUCCUUAAACUUUGCAGGGAUUAUAAAAAUCUUGAAGAAGUAUGACAAACGAACCGGAGGAUUAUUACGCGUACAUUUCACACAACUUACCCUUCGCCAACCCUUUUUCACAACCGAACCACUUACUAGAUUGGUCCAUGAAUGCGAGGAAAAUCUUGAACUCCUUUUCCCUUUAGAAGCUGAAGUAGUGGAAGAAUCAUCUAGCAAACCAGAUAAUGCUGCAAAUACAAUAACCACCACAUCAAUUGAGGUAGAAACUUCAGAUGUAUAUAGAAGAACAAUAGACGCGAUGAGAACAAUAAAGGGUCUAAAAAAGGAAAGUUCAACGUCGAAUCCGCUUUCGUUUGCAUCUAUUUUCGGCAACCAGGAUGUUGACACGGGUGCUAUAACUAACGGAGACUCGCCUACAAACUCAUCAACUUCUUUUCAUGAUGAAACAAGAACAGGAUCGGGAUGAUCAAGUUAUCGAUAGAUCCUAGUAGAUUUUUGGUUUUUGACAACUUAUAUAAUUUGUUUUUUGCAUUAUAAUUUUUGUAUAUGAGAACAAUGAUUUUGUACAACUAUGUGUGUUUGUUCUUAUACGACUUCUAAUAAUACGAGACUGUGACUUUGAAAGUGA